AUGAAAAUUUUGAAGGCUUAUGUGAAGAACCCGCGCCGACCUGAGGCAUCCAUUGUUGAGAGAUAUGUUGCAGAAGAGGCUGUAGAAUUUUGCAAUGAAUAUUUAUCACAGUCAAAAUCUGUUGGCAUCCCUAGUGCUCGCCACAAAGGAAAGGGGUCCGGUAAAGAGAGUGUCGGGGGACAACUUAAGAGUGUUGAUCGUGAAGAAAUGAUACAGGCACAUACAUAUUUUCUCAAUAAUACUCCUGAAGUGCAUCCUUACAUAGUUGCACAUAAGUCACUAGUAAAGCGACAAAAUCCUCGAAAACCUGAAAGGUGGUUGGUGCAAGAGCAUAACAAGAAAUUCUUAACGUGGUUUAAGAAUCAGGUUUUAAAGGAUGAUACUGCUUCGGAAACAAUCACGUGGUUAGCUGAUGGUCCUAAUUUCGAUGUUAGAUGUUGGCGUGGAUAUGACAUCAAUGGAUCAUUGUUUGGCUUAGCAACAGAUCACGCGUAUGCUGAUAUUUCUUUUGAGAGCGCAUCAUUUGAGCAGUACGAUGUGCCAGAUAAAAAGAAAUUGAGAACGAGAGUGUUUUCACGUGUCGGGGAUGCUUGGAGGGCUUUCAAAACUAAGCUCACUAGAGAAUACGUAUUUGGAGAAAAGAUUGGUGUGCUCCCAUAUGACGAUAUUUACCCUUUUCUGGAUGCAGACACUUGGAAGGCUUUUGUUGCGUCCCGUCAAACUCCUGAAUUCCUGGAAAUCAGAAAAAAGGCUCAGGAGUCGCAAUCAUAUAAUCUAAGUCCGCACAUAUUAUCUCGUGGAGGCUACGAUCUUUUGAUGCAAAAGAUUAUGGACGAGAAAUACAGGGCAAGAAAAGAGGCCUCCACUGAUCCAUCGGAAAUUAUUCCACCCCCAUCUCCUUCUUCUCGUCAUGAAUUAUGGAAAAGAGCUCGUAUAACAAAGAAAGGAGAUUAUGUCUCAAAGGAAGCCAAAAUUGUUGCUGACAAAAUUGAUUCUUUAGAAGAACAAUGCACUCAGGGCAGUUUCAAACCUGUUGGGAGAAACGAUAUACUCGCAACAGCGUUAGGAAAGCCUGAGCAUCCCGGGCGUGUGAGGGGAGUGGGUAAAGGUGUUGGGAUCAAGGACUUCUUUGGGCCGUUGAGCUGUUCAAGUGUAGGGAAAGAUAUGGUCUCACGAGAUGAGAUGGAAACUAUCAUCAGUCGUAGGAUUGACGAAGUGAAAGACGAAUGGAAAAAAGAAAUGAUGAUGAUGAUUGGCAAAGGCUCUUCGAUUGACCAUAGUCCUGAUUCUCCGAGGAUCCAAAGCACUACAGAGAGUUGUGUUCCAAAUGUGUUAUCAUUGGAUGAACUUAGCGAGGAUAAAGAAUGCGAGUUGUAUGUGGAUAACCCACAAAAAAUUUUGGUUGCAUACGGACGUAUCCAUAACCUUAGGCCAACCAUUCACCACAAGAAGAUGAAUAAGGAUGAAGUGAGGGUUGUCGUAUUACGUGUAAUCGUUGGAGAUGCGCUCGUGCCAUACCCGACAGAGGAGGUCACAACCGUAGAAGAAGCGCCAAAUAACUUCAUUACUUGGCCUCGUAGGUUGGUUAAAGGUGCAAAUGCUAAGGUAAUUCUGACCUAG